AUGGAUAUCGCAGAUGUAGACCGUGCCCGAGACAUGCACAGAGAAUACCUAGAUUUCCUUGAUGAUGAAGCUGAUCAAGGAAAGUACUCCCAAUUGGUUAAAAACAUGAUCGCCGAUAAGUCCCACAGAUUGAUAGUGAACAUCAAUGACUUGAGAAGGAAGAACCCCAACAGAGCCAAACAGCUUCUCACCAAAGCUUUUGAGGAGCAAAAAGCCUUCCAAACUGCACUCAAAGAAUACGUUAUGACCGUGUCCUCGGACUUUGCCAAAGACAGUGAAGAGUUUUUUGUUGCAUUUGAGGGAAGUUUUGGCAACAAGCAUGUCACCCCACGUAGUUUAACUUCUAGGUAUCUUGGCAAUUUGAUUUGUGUUGAAGGUAUAGUCACCAAAUGUUCUCUAGUUAAUCCCAAAGUAGUACGUAGUGUGCAUUAUUGUCCUACUACUAAAAAAGUAAUGGAAAGGAAAUACACAGAUGUUACUUCCUUUGAAGCUGUGCCUUCUUCUGCAGUGUAUCCAACUCAGGAUGAUGAUGGCAAUCCUUUGGAAACUGAAUUUGGUUUGUCCAUGUACAAAGAUCAUCAAACUAUUUCUAUACAAGAGAUGCCAGAAAAAGCUCCUGCUGGACAAUUACCUAGAUCAGUGGAUAUCAUUUGUGAUAAUGAUUUGGUGGAUUGCUGCAAACCUGGUGAUAGAAUACAGGUGGUUGGGAAUUUUAGGUGCCUACCCAAUAAACAGGGUGGUUAUACUAAUGGCACAUUCAGGACUGUCGUGAUCGCCAACAAUAUCUCGCAGUUGAGCAAGGAAGCGAGUCCCCGUAUUUCCAGAGAGGACGUGCAACGUUGCAAACAGCUAGCCAGGUCCAACAAGAGUAUUUUCAACCUCCUGGCAAAGUCUCUGGCUCCUUCUAUCCAUGGCCAUGAGUACAUCAAGAAGGCCAUUUUGUGUCUUCUGCUGGGAGGUAUGGAGAAAGUGCUGCCGAACGGGACUCGGCUCAGGGGGGACAUCAAUAUUUUGCUCAUCGGGGAUCCCAGUGUUGCCAAGUCGCAGUUGCUCAGGUACGUGUUGUGUACUGCCCCAAGAGCUAUCCCCACCACUGGCAGAGGCUCUUCGGGGGUAGGUUUGACAGCCGCUGUCACUACAGAUCAAGAAACCGGU